AUGGCAUCAACCACCACAGAGCCCAAGGUCGCCGAGCCUGAACAGUCCACCUCAAACGAGCAGCAGAAGCCCGAACAGAAGCACCUUGCCCUAGGCGAGGACGACGAAUUCGAAGACUUUCCCAUCGACGACUGGCCCGCCGACCAAACCGAAGCCGCCCAGCGCAACGGCGAAACCAAGCACCUGUGGGAGGAGAGCUGGGACGACGACGACACAAGCGAUGACUUUUCGAAUCAGCUCAAGGAAGAGCUGAAAAAGGUUGAGGCGGCCAAGCGGAGGUGA